AUGCCAGAUGUUCCUGUUCCUUCUCUUGGUUUUUUUACAGGCUGUGCAUUUGGAUCAGCUGCUAUUUGGCAGUAUGAAUCACUGAAAUCCAGGGUCCAGAGUUAUUUUGAUGGUAUAAAAGCUGAUUGGCUGGAUAGCAUAAGACCACAAAAGGAAGGAGACUUCAGAAAGGAGAUUAACAAGUGGUGGAAUAACCUAAGUGAUGGCCAGCGGACUGUGACAGGUAUCAUAGCGGCAAAUGUUUUUGUAUUCUGUUUAUGGAGAGUACCUUCUCUACAGCGGACAAUGAUCAGAUAUUUCACAUCUAACCCAGCCUCAAAGGUCCUUUGUUCUCCAAUGUUGCUGUCAACAUUCAGUCAUUUCUCCUUGUUUCACAUGGCUGCAAAUAUGUAUGUUUUGUGGAGCUUCUCCUCCAGCAUAGUGAACAUUCUGGGCCAGGAGCAGUUCAUGGCAGUUUACUUAUCUGCAGAAUGUACUUAA